GGAGUGUGACCGAAACAACACUGCAGCUCGUUCAUUUUGCAUCUCGCUGCAAUUACAACUACGGUAAAUUUGAGCGGCUUUAUGUAAUCUACAGUCAUUAAGCUUGAUUUUGGCGUUGUACGCAAUUUCCGAAGGAGGUCCUUUUCGAUUUAGCAUUCACGAUUCGUCCGCACGUCUGACGAAUAGAAAAGUUUUCCGGCCUGUGUGUAUGGCGAACACCGGAGGCAAACAUAUGUUGAUGACGGGUCUAGUUUAUCAGAGAGGAUCUGCGCUGCAAAGCGAUGACGGCUGAUCGGAGAGCUACUUCUUGAAAAAAAAUUUUUCUUCAGAGAUGCCGAAUCUGUCUUUCGGUGGCCCGAGAGAUCGCCCGCGAGGCUCUAUCUGUGAGCCAAUGAUGCAGACAACAAUGGCAGGAAGAGUGAUGUUGAUUCAUCAGCUGGUGAUGAAGGGCGAUUUAAAAGAGUUGAAGAAGGAGAUUGCAAAGGAUAUAGAUCUUUUAGAUGGCAAGAAUAGUGAGGGGAUGACACCACUUUUCCAGGCUACAAGCUGUAAUAACUUAGAGUGUGUUCAGUUCCUUGUUACAUCUGGUGCAAAUAUUGAUGCACGUGACAAUGUUGGAAGGACUCCAGUUGCUUUGGCAGCUUAUCAGGGCUGGCGGGCUGGUCUGUAUUACCUACUUGCAAAAGGUGCCAAUUGUUUAAUUGCUGACAAUGAUGGCAGACUUCCUCUUCAUGCAGCAACAUACUUCAGCAAUGAAAAGUCUCUUGAAGUUCUGCUGCAGCAUUUGUCACUUCAAGAUGUGGAUGUUAGAGAUAAUGAGGGAAUGACAGCACUUCACUGGGCUGCAUUCCAUGGCAGGACAGGUCAUGUUAGAUUGCUGUUGGAAAAGAAAGCUGAUCUUCUGUCACGAGACACAGCUGGAAAAUUACCUCUCCACUGGGCUGCUCAGAAUGGCUAUGUAUCAACCUGUCAAGUGAUGCUUGAAAUGUGCGACAGUCACAACCUUGUCAAUGGAAAAGACUUCUCAGGACGGUCACCCAUUCACUUAUCAGCUGCGGCAGGACAGUAUUAUGUCCUUGUUGAACUGACUGCUGUCCCAUUUGCAAAUAUUGAAGCCUUGGAUAAUGAUGGCAGAACUCCUCUUCACUGGGCGGCAGCUACUGGGCAUGCUGAUUGUGUUGCUCAUUUGCUGAGACUUGAAAGUGACAAGGAAGCUGAAGACAAACAUGGUGGAACUCCGUUACAGUAUGCUCAACAGGGACACCACUCUGUCUGCUCUCAGUUGUUAAUGGCUCAUGAUCCUAAAAAUCCUCUUGCUACAGAAGUACCAAUGAGAAAAGGUUCACCUGCAGAAAGUCUUUCUCUUCCUGAAAAUAGUCAACGUGGAUCAGAUGGUGUCCAGCUUUUUAAUCAAAUCCAUGAUGGAGUAACAAAUGGUUUUGAUUCUCAGCUUCAAACAGAUCCCAGUGAUUCAGAGGUGCAAGAAAUCCUUGGCAACAGUACGACAACUGUACAAGUUCUUGUGGAAAUGAACCGAGAAGAAGAGGAUGGCAUAGAAACAGGGGACAUGGUUUCAUUGCUGCAUGAUGUUAGUGCAUGGCCCAGUAUUACGCCCCCGGCAUCACCCUAUUUCCUUCAUCCCAAUUUGAAUGGAGAGCGUGACACAGGCGGCUACAGCAGUGAGGAGGACAGUCGCUACCCCCCACAGAUGGCUCUCACACCCAUACCAUCCUCACCCGUACCCCCAGAGGAUGGCAAGCACAGCAAUCCAACAAGACCACCCAUCUUGCCAAGAUUUAGUUUUGAGGAUCAAGCCCCCAUUAUAAGACCUUCAGGCGCUCCAGUUCCUGCCCUUGCACCUAUCAAAUCAAAGACAAUGCCUGAAAGGUUACGACUGGACAACUACAAACCCACCCCGCUGAAACCAGUAGAAAUGAAGCCACCCUCCCCAUCCACAGAGCUACUUUUGGCACCACUGAAGAUAGCUAAAGCAAAACAAAGCCCCGUACCAGUGAAUGCAAAAACGCAGCAUUCGAGUCCUACUACAGGUAGUCCGAGAGAAGCGGGGACUCCAGAUAGUAAUGACAUAUACUGGGCGCGUAAAGGAAAAGUGAAGGCUGACACGCUCACACUUAACACUGUCAGUGAUAAUUUGGAGUCAGAUUUAUACCGUAAGGUGAAAGACAAGCGUCCUUCCGCAGCUAGUGCUGCUGGCCAGAUCCUGCCUGCAAUCUCAGACAAAUCGAGUCACGUGACCCAAGUUCAAGGAUCCAGGCAGGAUCAGUUAGAGGCAAAAAAGAAACACAGGAGAAGAACUUCGAAAAACCGUAGUAUUCCAGAAGAUUUAGAUGUAACGGACGGGUUUGUCGAAGAGACCGUUGAAGAAGACGCCAAGUCAAACAGAAGUGUAGGAAAUUUGAAAGAAAAACCGAAGAAAAAGAAGAAAGUACGGAAAGUUAUGAGCUGGAACUUUUGAUGAGAAUUGUAGAGAUGUCUUAAAAAUGCCCAAAGACACUUAGUGGCAAACGGCCUCAGGUACAUCUACUUGUAGAGCUCAGAGACACGGCGGAUAUAUGUCCC